AUGGACUCGAACCAAAACGAUGAGCUAUACCCCAUCGCGGUCCUCAUUGAUGAGCUCAAGCACGACGAUGUGUUGCUCAGGCUGAAUGCAAUCCGUCGUUUGAACACCAUUGCGCUUGCUUUGGGCCCCGAACGGACGCGGGACGAGCUGAUACCGUUCUUGGAUGAGUCCGUUGAGGACGAGGACGAGGUUCUCGCCGCGUUAUGCGAGGAGUUGGGUAAAUUUGUGGAGUACGUAGGUGGACCUGAAUAUGGCCAUCUUCUGCUUUCCCCCUUGGAGAAUCUGGCCGCCAUAGAGGAGCCGCUUGUGCGGAACAAGGCCGUCGAGUCCCUUAACAAAAUCUGCGAAGAACUUUCACAGUCCCAAAUCGAAGAACACUUUAUUCCCCUCGUCAUCCGAUUGUCCAAAGCCGAUUGGUUUACGUCUAAGGUCUCUGCGACCGGCCUAUACGACGUACCUUACACUCGAGCUACACCACCCUCACAAGAGCUUCUGCGACAGCAGUAUGGCCAGCUUGUACACGAUGACACCCCUAUGGUGAGGAGACAGGCGGCAAGCAAUCUGGCCAAGUUCAUCAAGACUAUGCCGCCAACCAUCGUCAUCGAGGAGAUGAUUCCGCUCUUUCAGCAUCUAGCGGCGGAUGAUCAGGACAGCGUCAGGCUCCUUACAGUCGAAAUCUUGAUUUCGAUUGCCGAAGCAGUCCCCAAGGAGCAGCAAUCAAGUCAUGGGGUCCUGCUGAGUGCUCUCCGGAGCCUGUUCGAAGACAAGAGCUGGCGAGUGCGAUACAUGGUAGCCGACCGGUUUGAGAAGAUCGCGAAAGCUGUUGAUGAGGAGGUCGUCAAUCGCGACUUGGUACCCGCAUUCGUCAAGCUCCUGAAGGAUACGGAGGCGGAGGUACGGAGUGCGAUUGCAGGCCAAAUCCCCGGAUUCUGCGCCCUCCUCGAACGUGAAACGCUUUUGCACGACGUUAUGCCCAGCAUAGAGGAACUUGUGUCGGAUCAAUCUCAGCACGUGCGGGCUGCACUUGGCACACAGAUUAGUGGUCUGGCUCCGAUUCUCGGAAAGGAGGAGACGAUCUCGCAUCUCCUUCCUAUGUUCCUGCAAAUGUUGAAGGACGAAUUUCCUGACGUUAGGUUGAACAUUAUAUCAAAGCUCGAGCUUGUCAAUAACGUGAUUGGGAUCGAACUACUCUCACAAUCUCUGCUUCCGGCGAUUGUCCAGCUUGCUGAAGACAAGCAAUGGCGUGUCCGGUUGGCCAUCAUAGAAUACGUUCCUUUGCUCGCCUCUCAACUCGGCGUAAAGUUCUUCGACGAAAAACUGAGCAGUCUCUGCAUGAGCUGGCUGGGCGACACUGUCUUCUCCAUCAGGGAGGCGUCGACGCAAAACCUGAAGAAACUCACCGAGGUGUUCGGCGUCGAGUGGGCCAAUGACGCUAUUGUUCCCAAGGUGAUGGCUAUGGGCCAACACCCCAACUAUCUGUACCGAAUGACCACUUGUUUCGCUGUUUCAACACUUGCACCUGCUCUCAGCCUGGACGUGAUAGAGGCCUCGAUCCUACCGAUGAUGGACAAACUAGUCAACGAUAUGAUUCCCAAUAUCCGCUUCAACGUGGCCAAGUCAUAUGCCGUGCUGAUAGACACCUUGAAGCAGCUUCCCGAGCAAGGAACAGUCUUAGCUCUUCAGAAGGAAGGCAAGACGGCAGAGGGGUGCCCAAAGGGACACGAGCUCAUCACCAAGAAUAUCUUGCCCAACCUGGAGAAGUUGCAGCAAGAUGAGGAUGUCGACGUCAGGUAUUUUGCUACGACAGCGGCGCAGGGGUACGCGGAUGCAAUGCAGACGUAG